AUGAGAUUUGCCGCAGAAGCAGAAUGCGAUAUCGAAGGAUUCGAAAAUUACAUGACACAUAGUAGGAAACAAGAUCCAGAAGAGAUGAUAGAAGUCAUCAGAUUCCUAGGAAUAUUCAAAUCUCAAAGAACAAAAAUCACAAUAAUUUUAUCGAAAUACAAAACGAAUAUUCCUUAUUACGACUUCCAAUUCUAUUUAUUACAAAGAGUAUUCCAAUGCUACACAGAAACUCCACCUGCUUAUAUCAAACAACUCGAUGAUCUCCAUAGAAGUUAUUUAGUCUGUUUGUCACUUUUCUGGAAUUGUUGA